AUGAGGCGGAAGGAGAAGCGGCUGCUGCAGCUCGCCGGGCUGCUGCUGGCGGCGCUGCUCUUCCUCCCCAACGUGGGGCUGUGGUCUCUGUACCGGGACCGGCUGCUGGACCCGUCCCCGGACCCGGUGUCCGCUCCGGGACGACUGCCCCCCGUGCAGGAGGUGAACCAGAGGAGGAAGGUGGCUCAGGUGGGACUCGAUGGCGUGCGGCGGACGGACUGGCACGACUACGAAGGGAUCAGGAGAGACGCCGCCCGCGUGGGUAACGGUGAGCAGGGGAAGCCGUUCCCUCUGUCAGAGACCGACCAGGUCGACCAGGCGUACCGAGAAAACGGCUUCAACAUCUACGUCAGCGACCGGAUCUCCCUCAACCGCUCGCUGCCAGACAUCCGCUCCUCCAACUGCAAACAGAAGCUGUAUGCGGAGAAGCUUUCCAACACCAGCAUCAUCAUCCCGUUCCAUAACGAGGGCUGGUCGUCGCUGCUGAGGACCGUCCACAGCAUCCUGAACCGCUCGCCGCCACAGCUCAUCGCAGAGAUCAUCCUGGUGGACGACUUCAGCGACAAAGAGCACCUGAAGGCUCCGCUGGAGGAGUACAUGUCCCGGGUGCCCAAGGUUCAAAUCCUGCGCACGAAGAAGAGGGAGGGGCUUAUCAGGACUCGCCUGUUGGGGGCCGCGGCCGCUAAAGGAGAAGUCAUCACCUUCCUGGACUCUCACUGCGAAGCUAAUGUCAACUGGCUGCCGCCGCUGCUGGACCGAAUCGCCCAGAACAGGAAGACCAUCGUUUGUCCGAUGAUCGACGUGAUCGACCACGACAACUUCGGCUACGACACGCAGGCGGGCGACGCCAUGCGAGGGGCGUUCGACUGGGAGAUGUACUACAAACGCAUCCCCAUCCCCCCCGAGCUGCAGAGGGACGAGCCCAGUGAACCCUUCGAGUCUCCAGUGAUGGCGGGCGGACUCUUCUCUGUGGACAGGAAGUGGUUCUGGGAGCUCGGAGGAUACGAUACGGGUCUGGAGAUCUGGGGAGGAGAACAGUACGAGAUCUCCUUCAAGGUGUGGAUGUGCGGUGGUCGGAUGGAGGACAUCCCCUGCUCCAGGGUGGGACACAUCUAUAGGAAGUACGUCCCCUACAAGGUCCCUGGAGGGAUCAGCCUGGCAAAGAACCUGAAGCGCGUGGCCGAGGUGUGGAUGGACGAAUAUGCAGAAUAUGUCUAUCAACGCCGGCCCGAGUACCGCCACCUGUCGGCCGGAGACAUGACGGCACAGAAAGAGCUGAGGAACCGGCUGAACUGCAAGAACUUCAAGUGGUUCAUGAGCGAGGUGGCGUGGGACCUGCCCAAGCACUACCCGCCGGUGGAGCCCCCUGCUGCUGCCUGGGGGGAGAUCCGAAACAUGGGCAGCGACAUGUGCAUGGAGAUCAAGCACUUUGUGUCGGGCAGCCCCAUCCGCCUGGAGGGCUGCGUGAAGAGUCGCGGCGAGGUGGGCUGGAGUCACGGACAGGUGUUGACAUUCGGCUGGAGGGAGGACAUCCGGGUGGGCGACCCCAUUCACACCAGGAAGGUUUGCUUCGACGCCGUGUCCCACAGCAGCCCGGUCACGCUGUACGACUGCCACGGCAUGAAGGGCAACCAGCUGUGGCGCUACAGGAAGGACAAGAGUCUGUAUCAUCCCGUCAGUAACAGCUGCAUCGACAGCAGCCCCAACGAGCGGCGCGUCUUCAUGAACUCGUGCGACUCGUCCUCGCCGAGCCAGCAGUGGCUGUUCGAGAGAACCAACGCCACCGUGCUGGAGCGCUUCAACCAGGACGCCAACUGA